AUGGAGGGCGAGAAGCCUGUCAAGAAAAGGCGGCGAAUUCCGUACUCGUGUUUGAGUUGUCGUCGAAGGAAGGUGAAGUGCAAUAGAGUCCGGCCCAUAUGUAAUAGGUGCACAAUUUCCAAUUUGAAAUGCGAGUACGACGGCCCUGAGGCUUGGGCACCUUCAGGAGUUUCUGAAUCUCCCGCGGCGCCAUCGAAUGGUGUGACGGUUAGUGUUCUAAACUUUAAAUCCAAUUUUUCGGAGACUUCUGUCCUCGAUCAGCUGCCUCGAGCCCCGCAGACUACUAUGUCGGAGCACGCGUCUCUGAUCUCCGAGAUAGGCGAUUUGCGAAUGAAGCUUGCGUCCAUGGAGGCUCGGCUGUUUACCAUCAUGCCCGAGUCGCAGGAGACGGUCAGCUUUAUUCAGGCCGACCCGAACCCUAAUUCAGCCCUACACAUGGCUAAAAAAAAUCGGUUUAUCUGCGGAGGCUCUUUUCAGCGGAAUAAAGUUUGGCGAGGGGACCCGUUCGUCUGCCAGCUAUUUGACGAUUUGCGUCGCUACCGGGAGCACAUCAAGGCUGAGAUGCUGGCGAUGUCCAAAACCGAGAGCCCGAACGAUUUGCAGCGGCAGGUGAGGAUGCGCAAGAAUGGCCAGAAACGAUUUAUUCUGGAAGAGGGUGAGAAAUUGUCACUCAAGUCGCAGAUGGAGGCUGCGUUGCCUGUCAAGGCGACGAUUUUACGCCAUGUAAACUACUACUUGCGUGCAAUCCAUCCGUUUUUCCCCGUGCUCAUGGAAGAAGAGUUUUUGGCCAAUGUCAAUCGACUUGUGGAGGAGGAAAAAGGUCGCUGUGUGCUGCAUUUUGGCCAGAAAUCAGACUAUCUUGUCACGGCAGUGUUGCUGCUUGUGAUGCGCUUCUCCUACCAGUCUUUGUAUCUGAAACAGCAGGUAGGUGCGCCGCUGAGCGAAGAUGAGCUGGCUCUCGUUCAGCAGCCAAUAAAUGCAGACGUCAUCAACAUGGUCAACUUCGCGCUGUUCGAGUCCAAUUUUUUGCGCAAAACAGGCAUCGAGUCGUUACAGGCCCUAAUGCUCCUGCGAUUCUACCAGAUGUCAUGUCAAGAGGACGGGGACGGAGGUGAUGGCACGGACGGCUACAAUAUAACUGGUCUCAUUUGUCAAAUCGCUCUCGGAAUGGGCCUCAACAGACCUCUCAGGUUCCCUUUGGGGGACAGGACGGGCAGCAGGUUUUACCAUCCACACAACCCACGGUUGCAACUUCUCUGGCAACGACUCUGGUGGACAUUGUUAGAAUUGGACAUGGAACACUCGAUUUUGUACGGCAGGAUGCCGAUUCUUCUACUGGAAAACAGCGAUCAUGGACCAGCUACAGCAAGCGACUCGGAUAUCAUCAGCGACCGCAUAAACAAAAUGAAGAUCGUUUUUCCCUUUUUACAAAAAUUCCUUGUGCAAAUCCAUCAGGUGCGCGAGAAGCCACGUGUGGUCGACCUACUAUCGGCAGUCAACAUCUUGGACACGCAACGAGGUCUUUUCCAGUAUAGCGGCUAUUUUCAGGAUCCUUACAUGCCACUUAUCUCAACAAUUUCGAACGUAAAGAACGAACUCCUCAUGAACACUCUUAUUUUCAUGAUCAACUGCUAUCUGAUGCUUCAUUUUGAGCGCAACAGAAAAGGUACCGAUUAUUCUGUCACUUUGCAGGCUACCGUUACAGUCUUUUUGCGUAACCUGGAUCUCACGUUAAAGUCUUUCAACAGAUUGAAAAUCGACUUUGCCGCACACAUAAUGUACCUCAUUCACCCGAUGGCUACCUGCAUUUACAAAAGCAUACAAUUUCUGGUAUACCUUGGUGUGCGCUUACUCUUGAUGCAAGCUAAAAACGAAAAGCAACCGCUAGUCACCGACCUGUUGCAGACAGUGGUGGCAAUCAUGCGCAACUGCGUGAAGCUGCUGGCUAUUAUGGGGGACCAGGACUACCUGUGUUACCGGCUGUACGAGACGUACAGCUAUCUGAUGCGAAUCUUGGAAAAUAAAGGAGAGCCAGUGUUUAAUCUCAAGAACCCGGCUCUGGAAACCGCCCCGAACCUGCUUGCAUCCAUAACCACCCAACAGCUCGAAUACAUCAGCCGCCAACUUUCAGAAUUCACGAAAUCGCCGCCUUUUGUAGCCGUUGCAGAGUAUGCACUGUUCUGGCCGGCAAACGAGACGGAGGACUCGCUCUUCCAAAAAUUUCAAAGGUCGAUCGACGCGACAAUGCCGUCGUCCGAGCUCCAUAUCUGGAACGACUCGAUCAUGAAAACGAAUAUCUUCGAGGACUACGAGGGGCUGUUCGACGACUUGCAGCUGCCUGUCGACCUUAAUUACAUGUAA